UGUCAUCCAACCAGCGGUACUUGCGUGGUUUAGCUCAACAGCUAACUGAACACAAUUUUCAAUUUUACCUCCAAAACCACAGCCUCCUUGGAAUUACUUCGGCCAUCAUGUCGUACCACGACGACGAAGAGCACGACCCCUACGCCUACCCAAACGACUAUGACCUACACACAGGUGACCCCAAAGCAGACCUCGCCUAUGAGAGGCAGUAUGAGCAGCAGACCUACCAUGUUAUCCCAGAGGUGAUCAAGAAUUUCCUUCAAUACUUCCACAAAACCAUCUCUGACUUGAUCGACCAGAAGGUCUAUGAGCUGCAGUCCAACCGCGUGUCCAGCGAGAGUAUUGAACAGAAGAUAUAUGAGAUCCAAGAUGUCUAUGAAAACAGUUGGAACAAGUUGACGGACCGUUUCUUCAAGACCUCUCCGUGGCCAGAGGCUGACUCCAUUUCAUCGCUGGUUGGCAACGAUGCUGUCUUCCUCAUUCUCUAUAAGGAACUUUACUACAGGCACAUCUACGCUAAAGUCAGUGGCGGACCCACUUUAGAACAGAGGUUUGAGUCAUAUUACAAUUACUGCAACCUCUUCAACUAUAUUCUGAAUGCUGAUGGCCCCGCCCCCUUAGAAUUACCAAACCAGUGGCUCUGGGACAUUAUUGAUGAAUUCAUCUAUCAGUUCCAGUCGUUCAGUCAGUACCGCUGUAAGACGGCCAAGAAGGUGGAUGACGAGAUUGAGUUCCUCCGAAACAACCCAAAGAUCUGGAACGUUCACAGUGUUCUCAAUGUUCUCCACUCCCUGGUGGAUAAAAGUAACAUUAACCGCCAGCUCGAAGUCUACACCAGCGGAGGGGACCCAGAGAGUGUGGCGGGGGAAUAUGGGCGCCACUCCCUUUAUAAGAUGUUGGGUUACUUCAGCUUGGUGGGGCUGCUGAGGUUGCACUCUCUACUUGGGGACUACUACCAAGCCAUCAAAGUGUUGGAGAACAUUGAGCUCAACAAGAAGAGUAUGUACUCCCGUGUUCCUGAGUGUCAGAUCACCACCUAUUAUUAUGUGGGCUUUGCCUAUCUGAUGAUGAGGCGUUACCAGGAUGCCAUUCGAGUGUUUGCCAACAUUCUGCUCUACAUCCAGAGGACUAGAAAUAUGUUCCAGAGGUCAACGUAUAAGUAUGAGAUGAUCAACAAACAGAACGAGCAGAUGCACGGUCUGCUGGCCAUUGCACUCACCAUGUAUCCGAUGCGCAUUGAUGAGAGCAUCCACACGCAGCUGAGGGACAAGUAUGGAGACAAGAUGCUGCGUAUGCAGAAAGGAGACCUGCAGGUGUUUGAGGAGUUGUUCAGCUUCGCCUGCCCCAAGUUUUUGUCUCCAGUGGUGCCCAAUUACGACAACGUCAGCGCCAAUUACCACAAGGAACCUUUCGAGCAGCAGCUGAAGGUCUUUGCAGAGGAGGUAGAGCAGCAGGCUCAGCUCUCCACCAUUCGCAGUUUUCUGAAGCUGUACACCACAAUGCCCGUGGCCAAGCUGGCAGGAUUCCUGGACAUGACUGAGCAGGACUUUCAGAUUCAGCUGCUUGUCUUCAAGCACAAGAUGAAGAACUUGGUGUGGACAAGUGGCAUCUCAGCUCUGGAUGGAGAGUUCCAGUCGGCCUCUGAGGUUGACUUUUACAUUGACAAGGACAUGAUCCACAUAGCGGACACUAAAGUGGCUCGUCGCUAUGGAGACUUUUUCAUCAGACAGAUUCACAAGUUUGAGGAGCUGAAUCGGACACUGAAGAAGAUGCCAGCAAGCAGCACCACAACCACAUCCGGAAGCGCCACAAGUCGAUAAAUCUGACCCUUGCUUUCACGUGUCUCGCAAUCGAUUGAUGACUUUUCUAUAUGACUUGGAAAUAAAUCAAUGGAUUUGGUGUUGUUACAAA